CAGGAUAAGCCUGUUCUACUGGACUUUUCAAAGGAUGGGGGAGUUCAGGCAGUUUGAUCAAGACUUUUACCAUUCUGAAUAUUACAUAGAUGAUCAGGCCCAAGAAGCAUAUGGCUAUGACACAGCAUAUGCCAGUCCACAUUACCAAGAUGUAGAUUGUGCUACAUCAGAUGCCUACGCCCCAUCAACAGAUCCACUUUACAGUGAGCAGAUGUUUCAACCUGCAACAUCUCCUGGGGCUGCUGAGCACACUGAUACCUUUGAGGAAGAACCUCCAUUGUUAGAGGAAUUGGGCAUUAACUUUGAUCACAUCUGGCAGAAGACUCUGACUGUGCUGAACCCGAUGAAGCCAGCGGACGGCAGCAUCAUGAAUGAAACAGAUUUAACUGGUCCUAUUAUUUUCUGCAUCGCUUUGGGGGCCACUCUUUUGAUGGCAGGAAAGGUACACUUUGGCUAUGUGUAUGGUAUCAGUGCCCUGGGCUGUGCAGGAAUGUACAUUUUGCUGAAUUUAAUGAGUGUAUGCACAAUAUCCUAUGGGUGCGUGGCGAGUGUAUUAGGAUACUGCUUGCUGCCCAUGGUGGCCCUCUCUGCAUUUGCUGUUUUUUAUUCUCUACAAGGGGUUCUUGGCACACUGCUGGCCUUGUUUGUGAUUGGCUGGUGCAGUCUUUCAGCAUCUAAGAUCUUCACUUCUACACUGGAUAUGGGUGGACAACAGCUGCUGGUUGCGUACCCAUGCACACUGCUCUAUGGAGUCUUCGCUCUCCUCACCAUCUUUUGAUUAACCAGAUAAGAAGCUUUGACCUCAUUGAAACCCAGUUUAUGGUGAAGAGUUCAAUUACUUUUACAAUUUGGUGAAAAAACAGGUGUUCAUCAUACUCCACUCCUGAAUAAAUAAUAUUGGGAAAUUCAGUUAAAAUAAAAAAUGCAUAUGACAUCUUAAUUCUUUCAACAUCCUAAAGCUUUGGCUGUAGUAAUAUUACUGCAAUAAACAUGAUCGCCAUAAGCAUGGGAUUGAAAUAUAUUAUAGGUAAAUGAUCUUUUGUAACAAGUCUUUAUAUUAAAAAGUAUUACUUGUAUUAUUACUGGAUUUUCAAGUAUCUUCCUAAAAAACUGUUGUUUUGAAAUUAUUAGUUUCCAUCCCUUGUGUAUGAUCUCUUCCAUCUGGAAAAAAAAUCAUAAAUUCUAGACUUUAACAUUAACACAAUUUAUGAGUACCUUCACCUGAACACAUGAUAUUUAACAGUACCUACUUUCUUCAGUGUCAGUUGGACACCUGUUGGACCCAUUCAAGUAGAUCUUAACCAAAACUCCUGUUAUGUAAGAUAAUCUUGAUACAGGGCUUCUCUCUCUCUCUCUCUCUCUCUCUCGCUCGCUCGCUCUCUCUCUCUCUCUCCCUCCCCUCUGUCCCCUCUGUCUCUCUCUGUGUCUAUAAUAAAUAAUUGAGGGGCAAAUGAGAUGAAUGACCUUCUGAUCUUGUGCAUAAUUUAACAUGUACAUAAGGAGGAGGUGCAGAAGGUGUAUAACAUUGCAGUUCCUGAGGGAUGUGUAGUAAACAUUAACUUUUGCACUCGCAUAUAAAAUGAUGGAGAAAAGCAGUACCGACUUCCUGUUUUGUUCAUCAGGUUUUAACAAAAUAUGCAUUUUAUAUCUAUGAUGUCAUUUGUAUUAUGUUCUUCUACUGUAUUAUGUUCUUCUACUGAUUCUAUAAAAUGUAUUUCAGCAACAUGGAAA